CGGGAGCGUAUCACGUGCGAGGCGGCAGGUGGGUAGCGGCGGCUGCAGCAGGUCGGGGCCGGCGCGGCCAUGCCCUACGUCCUCAUCAGCACCCAGAUCCGCAUGGAGGUUGGCCCCACGAUGGUGGGAGAUGAGCAUUCUGAUCUGGCUCUGAUGAACUAUCUGGGAGCCACUAAGAGGAACAUGCUGGGGAACCAUUUCUGGGAGUAUUAUGUAAAUGAUGCACCCCGGAUCGUGUUGGACAAGCUGGAGAACUAUGGCUAUCGAGUGGUCAGCAUGACUGGGGUGGGGCAGACACUGGUCUGGUGUCUGCAUAAAGAAGACAACAAUGUUCCACCGGGGCGUGACGUCAAUGUUGAUCCUGUAAAACUACAGCCUAGAAGUGAGCUUCCCCAAUGAGAAUCUCCUCUAUGUUCCACUUUCCAGCCACGUUCAGGGGAAGUGCUGCAUAGUCAAAACUUCACAUAAUGGAAAACUGCCAUCAAUGCCAUUACAUGAGCCCCAAGGAGAGGUAGGUUUGCCCAUUCAGUUCUGAGGAUAAGUCAUGCAUGGAGAAUGAAUGGCCCCAAACUCUGCAUUAGUCUCAGUGGUACUUUGGAACACAUUUACAGAGUUAAUCUUGUCCUAUGCAAGUGUUUGAGUUAGGUCAAGUCCUGGCUUUGUCUCUGUGGAGCAGUGGAGUACUAAGCUUCUUGCUUAGGGGGAUCACACAUGGGGGUGGGCCAAGCAUGGGCCACUUGUUACACAGUCCCCAGAAUAGGAGGUCAAACAAUACCCCAGUUGCUGCUGUUUGAGGAAAACCUCUCCUUGGGCAUGUCCCCCCACUCCUAGGAUUAAGGUUAGGGAUGCACUGAUAAAGAUUUUCUUGGCUGAUACUGAUAGCCAAUGAUUAACCAACCGUAUCGGCUGAUGCCGAUCCAAUAAUCGAUCUUUAGUAAUAGUGAAAGCCAUUUUAAACUACUGACAUAAAUGCAAAAACAAAAAAAAGGUUAACACAUGCAUGAAUGUAGGCACGUGCCUUCUGCCUGCUCCAGCCCUUGCUGAGGAAGGCAGUAACAAAUUUAUUCCCACAUGUUGCCCGCAGCCCCACUUCCUGCACAGCCCAGGUGGGGGGUGCGGACAGACCCUUGCAUGGACAGCAGCACCGGGUGUGUUUGGAGCCCCAGAGUAUGCCACUGCCUCAGAGCUGGUGGGCCCAAUGCAGCUGGGCUCCUGCGGCCACCAGGGAGAAGCCACUUUUCAAAAGGAGCCCAUUACCCAGUGCAGAAGAAUGUCCCUCGCGCAGCGUUUUACCUAGCCUGUGCACAGCCCAACAUGUCCACAGCAGCCCCAGUGCUUAGGCCCCUGCUACGUGCACAGUGUUGCCAUGGCAGUGGCAGCAGCAGCUGGAGCCAGUAAUGGUUCCUUUGUUGCUGAGCGCAGCACCCUGUGACCACUCCUCAAGUGCCUACUCCUGCUGCUCGCUGGGACCUGUAGUCUGUUGUGGGCUCAGGCUGGCAGCAGGAUGCAAAGCCUGGACCACGCUCACCAGGGUGCUCCAGACGUGGCCAUAAUUAUCAGCUACAAUGACCAAAAAAGCUGAUAGCUAAUAAUGUCAUUUCUCCUUUUAUUGGUGCCGAUCAGAUAGCCAACUGAAAUAUUGGUGCACUCCUAAUUAAGGUUUCUCUGGUCAGACUCUGUCAUCCCCAAAAGAACCAUUCCAGCAUAACUGGAAAAACUGCAGAAAUAUCUUUGGGCAGUAGAUCAUUGAAAUAAGGCCCUGUGAAUAUUUCAUGUUUUGGCUAUGUAAUCUUACCAACCGCAGGUCACUGAUGGAUUGACUUGAGCUGUAUGUAUGAUCGACUGCUGCUGGUGGAUAAACUAAUAAAACUAAUAAAAAGGUAA